GUACAGAUCCAGUGCGGUACGACUCCUAAGAAACGUAUUCAUUUUAACAAUCUACAAUGGCGGACGAACCACAAGUAGUUGUACUGAAUUGGAUCUUUAAUUUAACAAAUUUUCUAAAAUUCUAUAAUAACCACACAUUUACAAGCUCUCAGAUAAGUGAAGAACUACUCCUGCGCAGCACCAGAACCCCAGUCGAUAAUCAAUUCUUUACCGUUAAAAAAUAUCAUCCUAACAUUUAUUUCAAAUGUACGCUGUGCGGCGAGACCAGUUUUUAUUUUGAACAGAUCCAUAAACACUUGAUUAGUAAAUGUCACUUAGUCGAUAUAAACAUUGCCUGUCCGUACUGUUGUUCAAGAUUCAGCUGCACCGAUGAACUGGUAGAACAUAUACUUCAUCAUCUUAAAAAUGACGAAGGCUUGAUCCGCUUAAUGAACGAUAAAACUGUUACACUUAUUGAUAAGUAUCUCUAGUAAAUUGCUGCUUGGAUCCUCGCAAUAACUAAUAUUUUUAAACUGUAUUUUAUUCAACAUUUUGUGCUUUUACUGUGACUGAAAUUGUUUUUUGUAAUUGUUCUAUUUCAAACAAAAAAAUGUUUUAAUAAAGAGAAAAAUACAAGCAAUGAAAA